AGUACAAAUAUUUCUGGUAACACACUCACUAUCAAUACACUUGGAUAUAAGCCAAAAAUCUCCGAAUACAACAAGUGUAGACUUGGUUUGAUUUGGUUGCGUCAGCGUUCCCUUCCGCUGGGCCUAAAUUGCACACCAGGUAGCACUUUCUAUUAAUAUUAACAUAUUGAAGCAAUUAUAAAUGUUCACUUUUAGAUAUUUCAGGGAAAAUAAAGAACACAUUUAAUUAUAUUUUGGUCUUAUUAUUAGUUUCGUUUGAAUUGACAAUUAGUGUUUUGGCAGCCAGGGUGAUUGUUGAAAGUGCGACGCCGAAUGCUUAAACUAGAUAAACAGCAGAACGCUUGCUAGCUAGCGACGCUGACAAGUGCGGGCAAGAUAGGUCUCAAAGAUCUAGCUAGCUAGCUAUACAUAUUACUGUCCCGUGAAAAUAUUAAAUCUUUUAGUAAUCGAGUGUAAAUUUAGCUAACUAGCUAAACGCUAUUUUACUGUCUGAGCAAUGUCUGUGCCAGACAGUGAAGAGACUUUUCUUACUAGUUAACGUGAGCUUGUCUGCUUAUGCUUUAGCUAGUUACAUCUUGCCACAAUGCUUUUUGAUGAUGGCUUCAACUUCCACAGCUGACAUAAAAGUGUGGCAUGAGGGCGACAGAUGCCUCGCUCCCAGCCUCAGAGAAGGCACCCUACUACGAGAGGGGACAAUCCAGAAACUCCCUUCCACUUCUCAUGGUGAGGACAUGGCACUGGUGAAGUUCACAGAUCAACAUGAUGAAGAUGAAGAAGAGGAGGCAGUCUUUCCAGUCUGUAAACUCCAGAGACCAGACACAAACCAGUCGUCCACCAGUGUAGUGUCUGCCCAGGAGAAGCCUCUAUUCCUCUGCAGCCAGACACCUCCCGGGCCAUCAGAGCCCUUGGUGUUGUCACAGAGUGGUGUGGCAGUCCCAUACACCAUCAACAGGUACCUGAGGUACUACCAGAAGGAAGGGAUCCAGUUCAUCUAUGACAACUAUGCCCAGUCCAGAGGAUGUAUCCUGGGAGAUGACAUGGGUCUGGGCAAGACCAUUCAGGUCAUUGGUUUCCUGGCUGCUGUGCUGGGUAAAACAGGGACAUGGGAAGACAUUGAGAACAACAGGCCUCAGUUUCUUCUUACUCAGAUCCCCACACAGCGAAGCAAACCCCGAAAGGUGUUCUUGAUUGUGGCCCCUCUGUCGGUGCUGUACAACUGGAAAGAGGAGCUGGAGACGUGGGGUCACUUCCUGACUGUUGUAGUCCACGGUCUGAGGAAAGAGAAGGAGCUGGCUCGCAUCCGGAGGGGACGCUCUGAGAUCGCCCUCACCACCUACGAGACCCUACGUCUCUAUCUGGAGCAGUUUAACAGCAUUGACUGGUCUGCUGUGAUAGUGGACGAGGCCCACAAGAUCAAGAACCCCAACUCCCAGAUCACUGGGGCAAUGAAGGAUCUGAGGUGUCUGGUCAGAGUGGGCCUCACUGGCACAAUCCUGCAGAACAACCUGGAUGAGCUCUGGUGUGUCAUGGACUGGGCCAUCCCUCGUUGCCUUGGCAGCCUGGGUAACUUCAAGAAUAUGUUUUCGGACCCCAUCGAACUGGGGCAGAAGCACAGUGUAACUAAGCGGGCCCUAGCGACGGGCAGGAGGGCGGUCCGGGCCCUGGCUGCGAAGCUCUCCCAUUGGUUUCUCCGGAGGACCAAGGCUCUUAUCAGAGAGCAGCUGCCCAAAAAAGACGACAGGGUGGUGUACUGUUCGCUGACGUCGUUCCAGCAGACUGUGUACGAGGCGGUACUGGACACGGAGGACGUCACCCUGCUCUUGCGCUCCUCAGAGAAGUGUGACUGUCACAGUGGACACUCCCGCAGGAAGUGCUGCUACAAGGUGAAUGCUCGGGGUGUGCGUGUGACAGACCUGUACUUCAGUUACUUGGCCAUUCUCAGGAAGGUGGCCAACCACGCGGCUUUACUGCAAGCCAAGUGGAACACCAGCAAAAAGCAGGAGCAGUAUGUGAAUGAGAUCUGUGAGAAGGUGUUCCAGAAGUUUCCUGACUUCACAGAGAAAUGCAAGCAGGCAGCAUUUGAGGCCAUGUCAGACCCCAUGUACAGCGGAAAGAUGAAGGUUCUCCAGAGGUUGUUGAAACAUUACAUGCAGAGAAAAGACAAAGUGCUAUUAUUCUCCCUCUCCACUAAGCUGCUGGACGUGCUGGAGAGCUACUGCAUGGCAGAUGGGCUGGAGUAUAGCAGAUUGGAUGGCAACACCAAGCCCAGAGAGAGGCUGAAGAUCGUCAAAGAGUUCAACAGCUGCCCUGACAUCAACCUCUGCCUGGUCUCCACCAUGGCAGGGGGUCUGGGCCUGAACUUUGUCGGGGCCAACAUUGUGGUCCUGUUUGAUCCCACCUGGAACCCUGCCAAUGACCUGCAGGCAAUUGACAGGGCGUAUCGUAUAGGCCAGUGCAGGGACGUGACAGUGUUCAGACUCAUCUCUCUGGGAACAGUGGAGGAGGUCAUCUACCUGCGCCAGGUCUACAAACAGCAGUUGCAGUCUUCUGUGAUGGGUAAGGAGAGUGCCCGGCGGUACUUUGAUGCAGUGCAGGGGUCCGACGACCAGAAGGGGGAGCUGUUUGGGAUACAGAACCUCUUCAGGCUGCAGACCCAGGGGACCUGCCUCACCAGGAGAAUACUGGAGCGGGAGGGACGAGUGGAGGUAGGAGUAAUGACGUCCAGCACCCACACAGGGGAAGAGGAGGAGAGGAAGAGCGAGAGCGAGGCUGGGGAGGUUUCCGCAAGGGACCACUGUGAACUGGGCAAUGGAGGGGCGAUCGGCAGUGUAGGGGCCUCGAGGAUCCCCAGGGCAACAACCAGGGGGGUACUGGACUUCAGCAGUGGCAGUGAGGAGGAGGGGGAACAGGGGGACAGGAGUAAGGUGGAGAAGGCGAACACUACCCUUCCUGGCCGACUCAGUCUCCUUCAGCAUGGCUUCUCCAGGUUGCUCCAGAGGUCAGGGGUCAGGGCUGGAUCAGGGUCAGAAUCAGGGGAGCAUAGCCAGAGUGAGGGGGGAAGAAGUGAUUUUGAGGAGGACAGUGAUGAAGACACUUCUGCCAUGGCACCAAAGGGCCUCAGCACCGCAUGGAGUGGGGGCCCCCAGACCCCUACAUUGGCCCCCAAGUGUGGGAACCACUUGGAUGCAGCUCCUCUGAAGAACGACUGGGACGUCUCCAGUGGCUCUGAGAGAGAGGAAGAAAGGAAUGGAGGGAGAUGGGAUGGACAGAGGGGGCGAGACCAUGAUCCUGUUACACUGUCAGGAGAGAGUGAUGACAUGGGGAGAAAAAUACUAAAUCUGAAACAAGGAAUAAGGAGGAAGAGGAGGGUGGAGGAGGACAGUGAUGAUGAUUCACCCCCCUCCAGUGGAAGCAAACGAUCUAACACUAAAACUCCAGUUUCCAGAAUGCACCAGGUGAUGUUUGACUCUGAGUCUGAGGACAUAGACAUUGAGGAGCUAAUCAGACCUUGUGCACAAACUCAUGUGCUUAAGAGACCCCCAGCACACCUGAGAAGGAGGGAGAUGGGGAGAGAUGGUGGUAGUAAGAGAAAGACCAGCAACAGACCAGUAGACCAGAGUAGAAGAACCAGACAAGCAGAGGACAUUGAGACUUUUACCUCCUCAGACGAAAACCACACUGCAGUCGAAAGAGUCCGAUCUGUUACAGCCCCACAGAACCACAAUCAUGGCAGAGGCCCACAGACAGACCAAUACGGAGCGAGGGCGUUUACAAACCCAAAAGUGAACCAGACUGUCCCUUCUGCCAAAGGACCGCCCUGUGGAACGAUUGACAAUGUGUUAGGUGGUGUACGUGAGGUGGUUUACACCCACUCUAACCAACAUGUGGUGGGCGGGAGCAAGGCCGAGGAGCGAAUCAGCAGAGCCGCUCUCAGAGACGUGUUUGAGCGCAGGAGGUUCUCCCAGCUUCCAGCCAAUGAACUCCGGGACACACAGAAGACCCAGCCUGAACACACUCCACCAUCCCAUACUUCCCAUAAUAAUGAUGUUGGUUGGGUGGGAGCAGUGCACAGAUCCAGUGUGGACCACCCAGUCACACACACCAUCAGGAGCGUCCACCACCCCACCCAACACACCACCGUCAUUAUCGGAGAGACCCCUGGAACCAUCCGAAGGCAGCAGCUGGAGGAGAUGGCGUGUGUAUUUGGAUCUGGUUCAUUGAGACAGUUUGCUGAGGAGGUUCUGAGGAGUACCUCUGCCCAGAGACUGGCUCAGCUACGACAGUACUACACUGACCAAGGCCCUGAGGUGGCUUCCACCAUCAGGGAGAACUUCGCAGAACCACACACAGCCCAGCCCAAAGUUAACAGGAUAACCCCUUCCUCCUCUACAACCAAACAUAGACCCAACUCCAAAAGGAACCAGAGAGUUGCUCUAGAACCCCAAGCAGAACCUAGAACCCGACAUAGGUCCGUUCCAGAACCCCAGAGGGAUGUUCCCUCUUCUGAGGAGCAGAUGGUCCGGAACGCCAGAGGAGGGAAAAAGAAGAGUGGUAAUAGUGGAAUGUCCAGAGCUGCUCAGUGCUCCAGCUCAGACCUGGACAAUAGUAGGAGUAGUCCUCUGGGACCAGGGGCCUAUAGAGCUCAACCCGUUUCUUCCUCCUCCUCUUCUUCUUCAGCUCUCAGCCAUCCCCAGGCUAAGCCCACAGCCAGCCCUCAGAGAGGGAGGAGCAGCAUGCUGUCCUCCCCCAGGAAGAGUGAGGUUGUGGGGAGGCAGCGGUACAGAGCUCAGCCUUCCUCUCCCCCCAGCCAGCAGGUCCUCCUCACAGAGCUGCUAGGAGACACCUCUAUCCUGGACGACCUGCUGCGACCCAGAAGCAAGGCCUCCUCAGAGCCUCAGAGGGCCUUCCCCAAAACCCCUACCUCACAGGCUGUCUUUACACCCACUUCUCACUCUGCCACACCUGCCUCCUGUCACCCUACAACGCCUCCCAAACCGCCCAGCACACCCCACCCUCGGCCCCUGACAAAAUCCGUCCCAGGUCCUUCUUCUACUACUACUACUACUCCCCCCUCUCGAUCCAACACCACACCCCUCACACACCCCAUUACACCACUUUUCUCUCCAGCCCUUGAGAGGUCAAAGAACAGCCACAGAGACUUCUGGGACAUUUUGGAGGAGGGUAACGAGGAGAGGAUCAACAAACUGACGGACCCGUCGGAGGUAGAGAGGGUGUGUGAGAGUGCUAGCGUCAGGGCCAGAGGAGGAACAGGGGGAGGAGAGGAGAAAGGGAACACGUCACUUUGGAAGAGGAACGACAAGUUCCUGUGGAAGAAGUGAUUUUGGGGGAGACAUGACGACAUGUAUUUUGCGUUCGACUUUUAUUAUUCUUAUGCUUUUUUAAAAACGAAACAUGUAAUCGUUUUGGUUACUGUAACCUAUCCUGAAGUUAUAGAUUGAUAAAUACGUGUGUGUGUGUAAGUCAACCGUGUAGACAAACCAUGUGUGUGCGUACUCAUGUAUGGAAAUGCACAUUGUAAUUCAGAACAUUAAUGCCAUGUGCCAUUGACUUGGGCUAGACAUGUUCAGUGGUGGUAACCCAUGUUUCCUGCUCAACUAAUUAGUGACCACCAGCCUGAGAAUCUCAUGUCUGGCCACCUACAUGGCAGGACCCUUGGUGAUCCGAAAAAAAAAUCACCCCCCCCCCCCCCGCUAUGUUCACUCACACUGUCUCUUUGUCUGUGUUUCUGUCUUCCGCAAGGCUUGGACUAGUUUUCUUAUAUACUCUUUCUCAAUAGACGGUGUGUAUGGGAAGUGGGCCAGGGGCUGUCUGGGGGCAGGGCCUGUGGUGGGUACAUGCCCGGGGCGCUCCUUCCCGCGUCAGUAGUCUGCAAAAUGACAGGCUGUGGUUGGGCUCAGCUCUGCUUCUAAUGGCCUCAGAGUGGAGGCCGCUGCUGCACCAUUCGAGCAUUAAUGAGGUAGAAUCUGUGGGUCGUGGCCCACCAUUUUGGGGACCACUGCUGUAUACCAUCUCUGAUAGUUACUGUAUAGAGGUGUGUGUGUGUGAGAGAAAGCCACACAGCUGUUUGACCUCUCAGCUGAGGUAAGCAGAGCCCCUAAGGGUGCAGCUCUGUCAAUGUGUUUUGUUUAACUGAAAUGAGAAAGUGCUGAUAGCGAUCAAUAAACAACAAGACUAAUACGUGCCUCAACAGAACACUCAGCUCCGCUGCCAAAGCCGUGUGUGUAGCCCUUCUGGGUGGUAGAAGGUGAACACAGACAGGCCACACAUCUGCCACGCCUGUUCAAAUCCGAGACUGAGGAGAAUAAAAAAAAAGCCCCUUUCUAUAUCUCUUUCCUCCUCAAACUCACGCCACGAACAGAUUCCCAUCUACCUCCCCCUCCGCUCUUUGCUCAGUCUCGUUCAAGUGCAAUGACAGUCAGGCUUAAAAGGUUUUAGAAAUGCACUAAAUGAUUGUAAAGAAUUGGACCCCUCUACAGUACAUCAUGCCCCAAUGAUUCCCAAUGUUGUCCUGUCUAAAAGCUAUCUAAAAGGAUUCCAGCUCUUCAGUGACGUGAGAAACGCAAACCGAGUGCUGUUCUGUCCUCUGGACGGAUGUCAAUAAAUCUAAACAGGUGGAACAUGUUUAGCAAGAGGCACUGAGGACUGAAAGACACAAGUACAAGAGUCAAAGAGUUGUUUGUGUUCACUGGAUUAUGGGUCCACUUGUGUCCACUUGUGUCUACCAUCUUUUCACUCUGUUUUGCUGUAUUUUGUUCCCUAUUUUGGGCAUCACUUUUGACAACAAAAAAAAUGGACUGCUGGCUUUUUCUAACUUCCCUAUUAGGGUCUUUUCUCUGUGUGUCAGGACGGUGAGAGGACUUUCUGGAUUCCCUGUCACAAUUACCCAAGUGUCUGUCCGUCCAUCUGGCUGGCUGGGUUUACUUGCAGACGUCAGGGAGAGCGUGAGGUGUGAUUGGUGAAAGAAAGGCCAAUGGAGGCCUUUCCUCUCAGGUUUCUACAGAGAUGGAAACACUUGAGUAAAUGGGGGAUGCAAAGUAUAUUGAAAGCAGGUGCUUCCACACAGGUUUAGCUCCUGAGUUAAUUGAGCAAUUAAUAUCCCAUCAUGCAUUUCUUGUGAAAGAAUGGUGUCGCAUUCUCCAAUUCUCCAGAAGCGUGUAGAAUCUAUGCCAAGGUGCAUUGAAGCAGUUCUGGCACCUCGUGGUGGCCCAACACCCUAUUAAGACACUAGGUUGGUGUUUGUUUUAUUUUGGCAGUUACCUGUCCGUCUGCAGUAUUGGAGCUCGCAGCUCUUCAUGAGGAACUAAGAAUUUGAGAAAAGAAGGCGAUGGCAACCUUGGCAGAAUGUGGCAUUUCUGCCCCUCUGUAGCAUUGGUUUCAUUUAAUGUAUUUUGCAUGUGGAUGUAUAAGUCAUUUAAAUAAUGCAUCAGCUGCUAUUAGCCCCCUCCCCCAAAAAACAAUAUAUAUUCCUAAAACCAUCUAUUCAUCGUCUGUCCAUCCAACCAUUACUCCCUUCUCAUUAUUGCUGGUCGUCCCCGCAGUGGCAGACCACGUAAAAACACCUGCACAGGAUCGGUACAUCCGAACAUCACACCUGUGGGACAGGUACAGGAUGGCAACAACAACUGCCGAGUUACACCAGGAACGCACAAUCCAACCAUC